UUUCUGCGGUAGUAAUGGAAGCACAUUGUCCUAUACUUUGUUAAUUUACUGAAGACGAUAACGAUAAUCUAUUGUGACCGACAGAAUGCAAGUCUAUCACGGGGAACACGUGGUUCAUUGCAUAACAUUGCCAUUGGCCGGAGACUCGCGUCGUACAGAAUACGUAGAGAUCGACGUACAGCCUACGUCGUAGUACUGUACUUUCUGCCAAGAAAGGAAUUGCACUCGUGGAUGUUGCUAGCUGUGAAUAUGGAUUUAAUCCAAUGGUGUCCACUGUGUGAAAGAAAGGGGAUUAAAAAGAGGAUUAAAUUGUUCCAGGUGAAUUUGGAGGAAGCCUUGUCUAUGUGCGAGAACAGCGAGUGUCCUUACCCCUUGGGAACCAUGUCAUCUGCUAAUAUCCUUAUCCAGAGAAAGGCAUCAGAAAUUGCCAAUGUAAAGCGGAAGAAAAGGAAAAGAGGGGUUGAAGAGAUAAGUUUUAGAAACAAGAAACUCGCUAAAGGUCCUGGAAGUGUAUGCAGUGAGGUCCCAUCUGUGUCCGAUGUAUCUAGUGUGGUAACCACCAGCGAGUUGGAUGAUCUAUUAGAAAUGUUGAACAAUGACACCUUUGAGACACCCACCAAUACGGAGACAGAAUGUACUGUUCCUAGUGUUGACAAUAUAGUUCAGUUCCCAUCUGACCAGAGUAACGACUAUCUUGCAUCAACUGACGCGUCACCUGUGUCUAGUGCGGAAAGUACAAAUACUGUUCGUAUGAGUGCUUCUAAUAGUAUCCCGGUUGAGAAGAAACCAUUUAGAAGGAAGGACUUUAAAGGUUAUGUUUCGGGAGAGAAGUCUCAAGGAUUAGAACAGACUAAUAGUAAAACAGGGUAUAGGAUAAAUAUGCAGGCUGCUUUGCAAUGGCAGAACAGGGACGCUCUCUGCUGGCUUGAUGUUCUCUUAUGCUUGUUAGCCCAUAAUAGAACUUUACAGAAGAGUUUAAAACAGUUGAAAGUAUCCGGAAAGUCACUCGUAAAAGAAUUGUGCGAUACUUACAAUAAAGCGAUUGGGCUCAUGCCCCAAGGUGAUACGAAGGGAGCUGAAUUUGGAAAGGUGAAUAAACUACUUGCUGAUGUACAACACAAGGUGUGGUCCUCGUUAAAACCCAAGAUGAGAUGCCGAAGUGGUCAGGCAGAAAGUCCAGUAUUUGCACUGCCACUACUGCUGAAACAAAAUACUGCUGUCCAGGAUUUGUUUCUUCUAAAAUACCACUGGGACUUUGUGUGUCAGAAAUGCAACUAUAAACAAGUCAAUCACCAUGAGAAAAUGUUGCCAACUUUUCCCAAUGUAUGUGAUGAUUUUAAUUUAUAUCAACCUGGUUUUCUGAGACCUUGUUAUCGGUGCAAUACGACAGGUCAGAAAAGUACAAUGAAAUACGACAGGCUACCUCCGUGCAUUGUGAUGCAUUUUGUAGAGGGUUUACCUUCAGCUGACUGCAGUCAAUAUACGUUUACUCAUGACGAGUGGGAAUAUGUAAUAACGAGUGUGGUGGAGUACAGAGAUAACCAUUUUAUAGCGUGGUGCAGAGAUAUUGAAAGUGAUUGCUGGUUGAAGUGUGAUGACUUGGAUUCACCUCUCUGUCAGUGGAGUAAAGAACUACCAAACAUUAAACCAAAUGAAAUACACAUGGUGCUAUGGGAACGACAGGACACAGGAGGAUCAUCACGAAUUGUACCACAGCACAAAGUUACAACCGACCAACUGCUUGAUUGUCAUAAAACUAAUAAUUGUAAAAAUACUUGUGUUAAAGAAUCAAGUACUGCAAUGGUUUCUCCUAUACUUACAGAUAGUUUGCCCACAUCGGUUUCUAAACUCAAUGCUGUUUCAUCAGCCAGUGCGAUCUCAACAUCACCACACGCGGCAAAUGGGAAGCUUCGCCAGCACACAAAUCCCACAACUUCAACUCAGGGUUCACAUAACGUUAAACUUGUUUCCCCUGAAACAACAAACACUAUUUCUAUAUCAAGUAAUCGAAAAGCGAUUUCAUCUAUGCAUAUAGAAAAAUCUUAUCUACGUGACAAUUUUAUUACGUCAUAUACUGGGAAGGAGGUCAUUGUCACUGUGAGAAAGAAUGCUCCAAAUAUACAAACACUGCCAAUUGGAGGAGACAAAAACACAACGUCUGGUAACGCUAAGUUUGAAAAAAACAAGAUCAUGUCAAAUAGUCAUGCGUCAAGCAAACAAACCAAUUUAAAAGAGCCAACCUCAAAAAAAUCAACGCAAUUGAAUAUGGACUUGAUCAUGAGUAGCUUGAACAAAAAGAGUGAUCGCAUAACCAUAUCUACCCCAAGAACAGGUUCGGUUGUGCGUGCACCGACCACUCCUGCCACGUUGCAAUCUUCAGCGAAGAUUGUUCCAACGUUCAGUACCAGCAGAACGGUGAGCUUAACAAAGGUUGGUCACAAAAAGGAGUUUGCAGGGUACCUUGCUUGCAAGAAUGUGUCAAAGUCAGAUGCAAGUGCACUCCCUAAUGUGGCAGUAAAGAAUACCAGCAGAGCUUGCUACAAUCCAAAAAGUCAGUCGACUCUUCUGAUAGAGAUUCCGAAAGAGUUACCACUGAAAAGUACAAGCAUGAAACCGAAUUCAGUGCGACCCAGCAGAUGCGGAAGUAUAUCUUUUUCAGAUCAGAGCAGCCCAAGUACUGUUUCAGAGUGCAGUUCUGUGUCUUCACGUGAUGAUGCAAUCCACAGCAUCCAAGACGAACUUUGUAGAGCUUUAGACAUUACGGAUGGUGCUCUGUCUGCAGAGAGUUCUCGACUGUCUAGCCCAAUUGAUGAAGGAUUUCUCUCGUCUUUCUUCUCGGAUGAUGCGUCUAAAGCGUCCAGACUGAUGGAUGAAAUCAUGGAUGAGAUUGCUACUUUAGGAAGCUGA